ACAUGGAUAUUAACUUUGAAAACUACACUGCCACCACUCUCAAUGAGAGUCUGCGGCUUUUUUAUGCGUCUGUUCAGUCCACUAAGGAAGGAGGAGAGUACAGUGUUGCCAGUCUGAGGAGCUUGAGAGCCGGCAUCAAUCGCCACCUAAGAGACGUCAACAUCAUCAGCGACACCGUGUUCAAGAGCAGCAAUGCGGUUUUUAAGGCAAUAAUGAAGCGCUACAGAAAGAGUGGGAAAGACACCAGCUCCCACCAUCCUCGUAUUCCUGAGUCGGACCUGGAGAAAAUCAGAUGCUCAUCUGCGCUGUCUCCCGACACGCCCCUCGGCCUCGUCAGAAAGGUGUGGUUUGACAUCCAGCUGUGUUUGGCUCGACGUGGGAGGGAGGGGUGCCGUGAGCUGACCAUGGCAUCUUUCAGCAUCCACAGAGACGAGGCAGGCGCGGAAUACCUCAGCCUAUCACAUAAUCCGGACACUAAAAAUCACAAAACUCCAAACGACCCACACAAGCAAAACCUAAGAGGUUUUAUGUUUGCAAGACCCGGGGAUCCUCUGUGCCCAAUACAAAGUUUCAAGAAAUACAUCUCUAAAUGUCCCCCAGAUGCAAAAUCUUUUUAUCUGCAUCCGAAGCGCUCCGUCACUGCAGCAGCUGAGGUUUGGUACUCCAGGGAACCGAUGGGUGUCAACUACCUGGGAGCAAUGCUAAAAAAAAUUAGUGAAGAGGUGGGUCUGUCGCAGAUUUACACAAACCACAGCCUGCGGAGCACGGCUGUGGGUCGACUCUCAGACGCCGGUCUGGAAUCACGCCAGAUCAUGUCUGUGACGGGGCACCGCUGUGAAAGCAGUCUGCAGGCUCCGUCACUCCAGGAGAGGAGAGAAUGGAGCAACAUUUUGUCGUCCCGCAACGUCGCCACAAGCAGUGGUCAGGGUCCACAAAAAGUACAUAUCGGUCCUUCGAACAGCAAUAUGAUGGACAUGCCAGUAUCUCUGUCAAAUUUUACGAUCAAUGGCAAUGUUGAAUUUAAUUUUAAAUAAAUAAUUCUGUCUUCCUAAAGCCGACUUUUUUGUUCGGUUCAAAGUUAACAGGCUCGAUGUAAAAUAACUUAUUAAUUAAUAAAACCGUUUUUGU